AUGAGCGCGAAAAGCGACAGUCAUCGCCUCGAUAAGUUGACCAAUGAUGGCGGGUCGGUGAAUAUGGGAUGGACCGAUAUGGACAACGACAGCGAAGAGCGCAUCAUGGACAGUGAGCACAACGUGUCUGUGUCGGCUAAGCGUUCGGACGAGUAG